AUGUCUGAAACACAACUAUCAGAUCAAUACUUAUACCAAAGCUCUCUUCAGAGCGACCCGGAGGUCAAAGUAUCCUCCGGCAAGCGAGUACCCUUUGUUAUCGACUUGAAUCAGGGUUCGUAUCAGAAUGGAGUCAUCACAAUUGAUGCUACCUCACAGCUAAAUGGAAGUGAAGGAUUUGCUUGUCUCCGUGAUGCCUAUCUCAUGCUCCCAUACAAGGUAUCGAUGAAGAAUGGCAGUACUGCACAAACUGCUGCUGCCAAUCGCUUCUGCGCUACUCUAAAGUGUGGAAACUGGAAUGUUAUCGACUCCAUGUCUCUGGAGCUUAAUGGUAAAACCAUCGUCUCUAUGGCUGAUUACAAGCUGUUUUGGAAUAACAUUCGUGCUCAGACGAGCUACAGUCCUCAGUACGUUGAGAAGCAUGGAGCUGAGUCUUUCCUAUACCCUGAUGCUGCUCAGUCAGCUUUGUAUAGUUCUGCUACAAGCUCCUUAACAGGCGAUGGCUAUUCUAACAACACCGCGUUCUCAUCUGCGUUCGCUACUACUGGACCCUCUGGUGGUGCCUCGAUCGUCAAUGAUGGUCUAGUAAGGCGUUUGCUUUCGAACCCUCCAAAUGCAAACACUGAUUUCUCUUCCUCAUGGCCUUCACUGGGUGCUGCCGCGGCUUCUACUAAUAUCGCUAAUCAGACUGCACGUGGUGCAUUUGUAGCUGGUGUUGCAACGGCUGCUGGAAUCAUGGGCACGUGGAACUACAUGCUAAAAGUGAAGCUCACUGAUCUGCAUCCUAUCUUCAAAGAGCUCGAUCUCAUCGCUAACCCUCAAAUUCGUCUGCGUUUUCGAGUCAAUCAAGGAACGUCUGUCGUUGCUGUAGAUUCUGGGAAAGGAAUGUCGCUCACAAGUACAACACUUUCCUCUGGAAACACGUGUCCGGUGAUGGUAUCUGCCUCAAGCACGGGUAAUCCGAUGGCUGGAGUCCUUGCAGCAUCAGCUGGAUUCAGUGUUUCAUGGGGCGCCGUCGUAAAUGCACUCGAGCCUACUGUUGAUGGUACUUACAUGCCAUUCACUACUUCUCGUCUAUAUGUCCCAUUCGUACAUUUGGAAAAUCCUCAAGCUAUCAUCUCCAAGCCCGUUAAGAAGGUGCGAUACAACGAUUGUUAUGCUCAGUGGUUUAAUCAGCGAGCUGGCAUUGGUAAGCAAGCUACUCAGCACAACGCUUCGUUUGAUCUCCAACUAUCGGCUUCUAUCAAGAAUGCUAAGUAUGUUAUCCUACUCCCUUUCGCUGAGCAGACGG